AUCCUGCUUUUAAAAUAUUUCCUUUCCACUAAAAUUUAAGCAGUAAAGAAAAACGGAUCUGACAGACUUUAGGUAGCUACCCUGCGGAUCAUUAUACAGAUGUGCUUUAACCAAUAGAUUGACAUACUUUUGCAGGACUUGAGGAUAAGCAAUGAACAAGGAAUUGGAUAAUACGAAAUAAUUUACAUGAAAAUGGCACCAGAGUAAAAUGUUUCCCGCUAUGAGCACUUUUGGAAGCACAGAACUUCAACAAAAUCUGUUUGAUAAAUAUAUUUCCUGUAAUCACUUGAACGACAGAAAUAUAUCAGAAAGUUACAGAGACUAUCAAUUUCACCCGACUAUAAACAAUGAUAUUAGACCGGGCAAUAAUUCAUAUGUCCGUAGGUUGAACAGUGAGUAUAAAUAUCGUGAACAGACAAUCAAAAACCCGUCUGACAAUGGUACUAAUGAAUCAAUGGAUUAUGAUCCAGCAAUAAAUCAAAGAUGUUGUAAUCAAGAGUUGGACAGAACUUUAUAUCAUUCUAUGGGGCAAAAAUACGCUGUUCGUAGGAUAGAAGACUCAACUGUUCAAAGUACCAUCGCAAAGACUAAUAACUUACGAGUAGAUCCAAAUAGCGACGAGAGCGAUGAUGGAGAUGCUAUGACACGCCGUAUGUACCCUUGGAUGAAAUCAAACGGGGGAUUAAACAGUAAAAGGGGAAGACAAACUUAUACCAGAUACCAAACUCUUGAGUUGGAAAAGGAAUUCCAUUAUAACAAAUAUUUAACCAGACGACGACGGAUAGAAAUAGCACAUGAAUUGUGUUUGUCUGAAAGGCAAAUCAAAAUCUGGUUCCAGAAUCGUCGAAUGAAGUGGAAAAAAGAAACAAAACCAAUUAAUCAGAUACCAGUUCUGCCUAUAUUGAAAAAUGCACAUUAACAUGUAUUUACCUGCUAUUUAUAUCAUAUAUUAAUAUAUGUUGUAGAGUUUUUAUGUAUAAUGUAUAUAUUGUUUAGCAUAGAUCACUUCUGAUAUGUCCGAAAAUUGUAUAUUUGGCAAUGAAUGAACAUGUUAUGUCGGCACCCUGUAUUAACGAGAAUUUGUAUUGUAAAUAAUUCUAUUAUAUUUUUGUAUAAGUGUUCUUUUCUAUAUUUUGCUGCUGAUUGUUACAGUAUAUUUUGUAUUUUAUAGAAAGCAGUGUUAACGUAACAAUUGAAUUCCAUUUCCGAUGUUUUUUCUUUUCAUUUUAAUAAGAAAUUUGUUAAAGCAUUUUUGAUUGUCGAAAAACUUUUGGCAUAUGACUGUGUAGCCUCAAGUGGAUACUACCUUUCGAGACUCAACAACGGUUUGUUAGGUGUUCCUAAGAGUGGAAUAUUUUGAAAAACAAAACUUCAUUUUAACAAGCUUGCAAUGAUUUGAAUCUUAAAAGAAAAAGUAUUCGAACUGUAUAUUUUAAUAUAAAUAGCAUCAAUUCGCUGAUUAAAAGCUUAUAACAAGAUCAAAGGUUUCUAUUGGUUUUUUUUUCUGCAUUGGAAUCAUGUGCGCUGGAAGUUUGUGCAUUGCCAAAUACUUCGAUUUUACAAUAUUGAAGGCGUUUAACAUUAACAGUCCAAUCACUCUAAGCAUGUUGUCAGGAACUUUGAGCAUUUCAUAUUUUUUUGCUUGUACUUUUUUUUGGCUAUCUAUUAUGCCAAUACUAUUUAAAUGUAUCCAUUUGUAUAUCAUUAUUGCAUGUUUUGCUUUGGGGUCAAGUAUAUACCGCGUUAUUAUAAAUUAACGGAUUUAUGUCACUUAGAAUUAGUUUGAAUACAAAGGUUUACACGAUUGUGUACUAUUGUACAUUCAUAUUCUUAUUUGAAAUUGAAUGAAUGGAUUUUUUUGUUAUCUUGGAAUUUAAAA